AUGGUGACCUCACAGGCGGUGAUUGUUGAAGAUGAGAACCUCACGGAUAAUCCACUCCGCGGCCUCACAGACAUUGCAGUAAAGGCGGACGCCAGUACCUUCCACCGAAACCACGAUCUGCACGAGAUUGUAGAUGUAGAGACCUUUGUCAGAGGAGCAUUGGCUGCAAAGGAUCCUGAUGAGGAGGCUUACGAUUCCAUCGAGGGGUUGACCCCCAUCGAGCGGCAGGCCUUGAUUAGAGAAAACGCCCGAGGUGUUCUCCGGCAGCUGAGACGGCUGUCAAAAGACUUUCACGUGGUGUUGGCAACUUGCUGUUUGGCCGCCAUUACUCAAGGUUGGGAUCAGAGCAGCAUCAAUGGCGCCAAUCUUGGAUGGCCGCGGGAAUUCGGUCUCAAUGCGAACCUGGCGGACCCCUUGGCACAUUCACAUGACGUGUGGAUCUUCGGCAUCGUGAAUGCGUCGACAUACAUCUCUGCAGCAUUCAUCGGUUGUUGGCUCUCCGACCCGCUCAACGAACACAUCUACGGCAGGAGAGGUGCUCUGUUUGUUGCUGGAUUGUUCAGCUUUUCAACCGUGAUUGGCGCCGCUUAUGCUCAAAGCUGGCAAGCCUUGCUGGCAUGCAGAGUCGUACUGGGAUUUGGAAUGGGAGCGAAAGCCUCAGUCGUUCCCAUUCUGCUGGCAGAGAGUGCUCCACGGUCUAUCCGAGGGACUCUAGUGAUAUGCUGGCAAUUGUUCGACGCCUUUGGCAUUUUCCUUGGAAACGCUGCCAACCUAGCUGUUUUCGACAAAUGGAGGCGGAUGGUUGCAGCUCCGUUCAUUCCAGCUCUUCUUAUGCUGCUGCUCAUUCCGGUUUGCACCGAAUCGCCAAGAUGGCUCCUGAAGAAGGGUCGAUAUCAAGCAGCCCUCCUGGCCUGGAUGAGACUGCAUGGGUCUCCAACGCCGAUCCUGGCUUGUCGCGACCUGUACUUCACCAAUGUCCAGAUCCAGCACGAGACAAUUUACAUCUCAAGAGGCCUGCAUAACCGAGCUAUGCCACUUCAGCCUGCCAACGACGCCGUCGGCGCACACGAUACCUACCAGAAUGAAGUCUCGCUGACAAGCUAUUGGACACGAUUUCUGCAACUGUUCAAGGUCGCUCGCAUUCGCAGAGCGGGGAUGGCUGCCUUUGUUGUUAUGAUUGCUCAACAGGCGUGUGGUGUGAACAUACUUGCAUUCCUUUCUUCCACAAUCUUCAAUGACGCGAUACUUGGCGGCCGCCGAGAUCCCUCGACUGGCAGCGCACUGUGGAUGAGUUUCGGCUUUGGACUGGCAAAUUUUCUCUUCACCGCGUUUGCGCUAAUAAGCAUCGAUAGCAAGGGGCGUCGAUUCCUCUUAAAUCUUUCGUUUCCCAACAUGGCCUGGACCUUGCUUGCCGCUGGUCUCUGCUUCUUAAUACCGGAUGGAGACACCCGCGUGGGCUUGAUCGUUUUCUUUGUCCUUUUAUUCACCUUGGCAUACUCCGCUGGCGAGGGUCCAGUUGCUUUCAUUAUAUCCAGCGAGGUAUUUCCGCUUGUCAACCGCGAAGUCGGCAUGAGCUUCGCAGUCUUCUGGAAUUUAUUGGGAGCAGGGAUUCUAGCUCUUACUGCGCCAAUUCUAGCAUACGCCCUGACCCACACUGGUCUCCUCGCACUCUUUGCCGGGCUCAAUUUGGUAUGCUGGGCUGCCGUCUUCUUCUUGGUGCCUGAGACAACACGCAUAGGCUUGGAGGACCUGAACAAAAUCUUCGAGAUUCGGACGUUGAUGCAUAUCAAAUAUCGCAUCGAGAUUCUGAAAUGGGUUUUUCGCAGGCGGGAAAAUGAACCAAGGCCUUUCCAUAUCUGGGCCGAGGAGCAGGAGCAACAGCAACUUGGUGGUUGA